AUGGGUCUCCUCUUGCUCCUCUGGGCGUGUGCGGCCGCCGCCGGGGCAGCUGUAGGAUUUGGAAUGGAUCCUGAAUUAGAAAUUGAUAUCAUCACAGAGCUGGAUCUUGUGAAUACAACCCUUGGGGUAACACAAGUGUCAGGAUUGCACAAUGCAAGCAAAGCAUUUUUAUUCCAAGAUACAGAAAGAGAAAUCCAUGCAGCACCCCAUGUGAGUGAGAAGUUAAUUCAGCUCUUCCGGAAUAAAAGUGAGUUCACGUUUUUGGCCACCUUGCAACAGAAGGCAUCGACUUCUGGAGUUAUACUGUCCAUCCGAGAAUUAGAGCACAGCUAUUUUGAACUGGAGAGCAGUGGCCUACGGGAUGAGAUUAGAUAUCACUACAGGUUUAAUGGGAAGUCAAGAACAGAGGUGUUCCCAUACCGUCUGGCAGAUGGACAGUGGCAUAAGAUUGCUGUGUCACUCAGUGCAUCCCACCUUCUGCUCCAUGUGGACUGCAACAGGAUUUAUGAACGUGUCAUUGAUCCGCCAGAAACGAAUUUGACACCUGAAAGCAGUUUAUGGCUUGGACAGAGAAACAGGAAACAUGGUUUCUUUAAGGGUGUUAUUCAAGAUGUGAAAGUCAUCUUUGUACCUAAUGGAUAUAUAACACAGUGUCCCGAUCUGAAUCGCACGUGCCCGACCUGCAGUGAUUUCUUAAGUCUGGUACAAGGAAUCAUGGAUUUGCAAGAGCUCCUGGCAAAAAUGACCGCAAAAUUAAAUUAUGCAGAAACCAGGCUGAGUCAAUUGGAAGACUGUCAUUGUGAGAAGACUUGUCAAGUAAAUGGAUUGAUCUAUAGAGACAAAGACUCAUGGGUUGAAGAUGAUCACUGCAGGAAUUGCACCUGCAAAAGUGGAGUUGUGGAGUGCCGAAGGAUGUCCUGUCCCCCUCUUGAUUGUCCUCCUGAUGCUCUCCCGGUGCAUGUGGAAAGCCAGUGCUGCAAAGUAUGCAAGGCAAAGUGUAUCUAUGGAGGCAAAGUGCUAGCAGAAGGUCAACGAAUAUUAACCAAGAGCUGCAGGGAAUGUCGAAAUGGAGUUUUGGUAAAAGUAACAGAGACUUGUCCACCGUUGAACUGCUCAGAAAAAGAUCAUGUUCUUCCAGAGAACCAGUGUUGCAGUGUUUGUAGAGGCCAUAACUUCUGUGCAGAGGGACACAAAUGUGGUGAAAAUUCACAGUGCAAAAACUGGAACACAAAAGCUACUUGUGAAUGCAAGACUGGCUAUCUUUCUGUCCAAGGGGACUCUGCGUAUUGUGAAGAUAUUGAUGAGUGUGCUGCCAAGAUGCAUUAUUGUCAUGCCAAUACUGUGUGUGUGAACUUGCCUGGAUCCUAUCGUUGUGACUGCGUCGCAGGAUACGUCCGUGUGGAUGAUUUCUCCUGUACAGAGCAUGAUGAGUGUGGCAGCGGACAGCAUAACUGUGAUGAGAAUGCGAUCUGUACUAACACUGUCAGGGGACAUAGCUGCACCUGUAAACCUGGAUAUGUGGGGAAUGGAACCAUCUGCCAAGCAUUCUGUGAAGAAGGCUGCCGAUAUGGUGGAACUUGUGUGGCCCCUAACAAAUGUGUCUGCCCUUCUGGAUUCACAGGAAGUCAUUGUGAGAAAGAUAUUGAUGAGUGUGCAGAGGGGAUCAUUGAGUGUCACAACCAUUCACGCUGUGUUAACCUCCCAGGGUGGUACCACUGUGAGUGCAGAAGCGGUUUCCAUGACAAUGGAAGCUAUUCUCUUUCCGGGGAGUCCUGUGUUGAUAUCGAUGAGUGUGCCUUAAAGAUCCACACCUGUUGGAACGAUUCAGCCUGUGUGAACCUGGCAGGAGGGUUUGAUUGCCUUUGUCCAUCCGGACCAUCUUGCACUGGAGAUUGUCCCUAUGAAGGCGGCUUCAAGCGGAAUGGGCAGGUGUGGACCCUGAGGGAGGACAGAUGCUCCGUUUGUUCCUGCAAGGAUGGGCGGAUUUUCUGCCGGAGGACAGCCUGUGACUGCAGGAACCCCAGCGCCGACCUCUUCUGCUGCCCGGAGUGUGACACCCGCGUCACCAGCCAGUGCCUCGACCAAACUGGGCACAAGCUCUACCGCAGCGGGGACAACUGGACCUACAGCUGUCAGCAGUGCCGUUGCCUGGAAGGAGAGGUAGAUUGCUGGCCUCUUCUGUGCCCAAACCUAAACUGCGAGUACACAGCCAUCUCGGAAGGAGAGUGCUGUCCGCACUGUGUCAGUGACCCCUGUCUGGCUGACAACAUCACCUAUGACAUCAGGAAAACCUGUCUAGACGGCUACGGCAUCACAAGACUUAGCGGUGCUGUAUGGACUAUGGUGGGAUCUCCUUGUACGACCUGCAAAUGCAAGAAUGGGAACGUCUGCUGCUCGGUGGAUUUAGAGUGUCUCAACAAUAACUGAUGUAGUCAGACUGGACUGUGCCGAGGGAGGAAAACUGAUGAAGUGAA